AUCCUUUGCAUAUUUUACAAUUAAAGACAGACUGCCCCAGAUCCUCACAAGAGUUAUUGAUACUCUGCAUCGACAUAAAAAUGAAUUUUUUGAAGAACAUGGUGAGAAGGGUGUGGAAGCAGAGAAGAGAGCUAUAUCUUUCCUCUCCAAGCUGCGGAAUGAACUGCAAACAGACAAACCAGUGACCCCUUUAGAAGAUGAGCUGCCUGAUGCUGCUCUGUGGAACCAGUACUUAGACUACCAACGAAAUUUAGCAAAUGGGAGUGGAGAACUGAGUUGGUUUCAAUCCCCUUGGUUAUUUGUAGAGUGUUACAUGUAUCGAAGAAUUCACGCAGCACUAGCACAGAACCCACCUAUUGAGAACUUUGAUGUAUUUAAGGAAGGAAAGGCUCAAAAUUUCUUCGAAUCCCAAGAGGCUGUUAUUGCCUUAUGCACUUACUUUCAGGAACUUCUUAAAAACAUCAAGGAUCUAGAUGAAAAGCAACUUCAGGAGGAACUUUUUAAGCUAUUGCAGGUGUCAUUGUGGGGCAAUAAGUGCGACCUUUCUUUUUCAGCCGGUGAAGUCAGCUCUCAGAAAUCUAGUCUUUUACAAUCCCUGGAAAACCUGUUACCUUACAUUGUGGUGAAUGAUAUGGAAAAAAUUUGGUCACUAUUUGUAAACACCAAAAAAAGAAAUACAGAAAAAAGUAAUGUUAGAGUUGACAUAGUCCUGGAUAAUGCCGGAUUUGAACUCGUGAGUGAUUUUGUGUUGGCUGACUUCCUGUUAUCAUCAAAGCUAGCUGAUGAAAUCCAUUUUCAUGGAAAAAGUAUUCCAUGGUAUGUUUCAGAUACCACAAAGCAUGAUUUUAACUGGACUGUUAAACAACUGCAAUCAGCUAAUCAUAUGUGGAUGUCUAGAUGUGGGAUAAACUGGGAGGGCAAUUUGAAAAAGGGAGUUUGGGUUUACCAUGAUCACAUGUUUUGGACUUUGCCACAUGACUUUUCCAGUAUGGCUGGAGUUGCUCCUGACUUGUAUGCUGAUCUACAGAAGUCAAACUUGCUUUUUUUCAAAGGUGAUCUAAACUAUAGAAAAUUAACAGGAGACAGAAAAUGGGAAUAUACUGUUCCAUUCCAUCAAGCCUUGAACAAGUUUCAUCCUGCGCCUCUCUGUAGUUUGAGAACACUGAAAUCUGAUAUUCAGGUUGGCCUAAAACCCGGCCAAGGGGAAGAAAUUCAGGCUUCUGAACCUGAAUGGAUGGUGAAUGGAAAAUACGGGGUAGUCCAGAUUGAUGCUGCUCUCUAAUUAAAUGGUUCCUAACAUUCUGAAAGAGAGAUUUGGUCCGAGUUUUAACUACUUUUUCUCUUCCAUGCUUGGCUUUGGCAGAGACUCUUUUUUGUUAGUAUUUUUUCCUCCCAAGUGAUUUGUUGGUUUUGUUCCACAAGACUUUAAUGUGCUGCAAAAAUCUACGAACUGUCUUUUAGACAUAAA